ACAGGAGACACGUGGACAGGACUGGAGACACGCGGACAGGACAGGAGACACGUGAACCGGACAGGAGACACAACAGGAGACAUGCGGGCAGGACAGGAGACACAUGGACAGGACAGGAAACACGUGGACCAGACAGGCGACACAUGGACAGGACAGGAGACACCUGGACCGGACAGGAGACACGACAGGAGACAUGCAGACAGGACAGGAGACACGUGGACACGGACAGGAGACACGUGGACAGGACAGGAGACACGUGGACCGGAAAGGAAACACGUGGACCGGACAGGAAAUACGCGGACCGGACAGGAAACACGUGGACAGGACAGGAGACACAUGGACCGGACAGGAAAUACGCGGACCGGACAGGAGACACGCGGACAGGACAGGAGACACAUGGACAGGACAGGAGACACGUGAACCGGACAGGAGACACAACAGGAGACAUGCGGGCAGGACAGGAGACACAUGGACAGGACAGGAAACACGUGGACCAGACAGGCGACACAUGGACAGGACAGGAGACACCUGGACCAGACAGGAGACACGACAGGAGACAUGCAGACAGGACAGGAGACACGUGGACCGGACAGGAGACACGUGGACAGGACAGGAGACACGUGGACCGGAAAGGAAACACGUGGACCGGACAGGAAAUACGCGGACCGGACAGGAAACACGUGGACAGGACAGGAGACACGUGGACCGGAAAGGAAACACGUGGACCGGACAGGAAAUACGUGGACCGGACAGGAAACACGUGGACAGGACAUUAGACACGUGGACCGGAAAGGAAACACGUGGACCGGACAGGAAAUACGUGGACCGGACAGGAAACACGUGGACAGGACAGGAGACACAUGGACCGGACAGGAAACACGUGGACCGGACAGGAGACACGUGGACCGGAGAGGAGUCACAUGGACAGGAGACAGGUGGACCGGACAGGAAACACGUGGACCAGAGAGGAGACACGACAGGAGACAUGCAGACAGGACAGGAGACACGUGGACAGGACAGGAGACACGUGGACAGGACAGGAGACACAACAGGAGACAUGCAGACAGGACAGGAGACGCGUGGACCGGACAGGAGACACAACAGGAGACAUGCGGGCAGGACAGGAGACACGUGGACAGGACAGGAGACAUGCAGACAGGACAGGAGACGCGUGGACCGGACAGGAGACACAACAGGAGACAUGCGGGCAGGACAGGAGACACAUGGACAGGACCGGAAACACGUGGACCGGAAAGGAAACACGUGGACCGGACAGGAGACACGUGGACCGGACAGGAAAUACGUGGACCGGACAGGAAACACGUGGACAGGACAGGAGACACAUGGACCGGACAGGAAACACGUGGACCGGACAGGAGACACGUGGACCAGAGAGGAGACACAUGGACAGGACAGGAGACACGUGGACCGGACAGCAAACACGUGAACCGGACAGGAGACACGACAGGAGACAUGCAGACAGGACAGGAGACACGUGGACCGGACAGGAGACACAUGGACAGGACAGGAGACAUGAGGACAGGACAGAAGACACAUGGACCGGACAGGAGACAC